UGUACUCAGUUUCAGACGCACGCCGCGCCGACCGCUCGUGUGACUGCGCCCUAACCCUGCUUACAGCAACCAACGACUACUGCGUGAUGGGAUUUCAAUCUAGUGCCACUGUUUCACAUACUUAGUGAUCACCCAAACAACCAGUAUGUCACCGGUUCUGCACAUCUUCCAGCGAUGGCGCCGCGAAGCAGUGGAGGCGGACACGAUCUCCGCCUCCUCCACGCCGGCCACCGGGACUUCCAAUCCGAACACCGAGCCACCAGCGAUGAAUACAUCGGACUCAGGAGGGUUGACGACGCAGCCGACGAUACAGGAGUCUGUGGCCGAGAAAACAGCCGAGAUCGCCCGCAAGAUGAACAUGGAAACAUGGCAACUCGUCGCCAUACUUGUUGGAGUGGCGGUGGUGGUGCUCGGUGUAUGCUUCUGCUGCAUCCGGCGGUGUUUCCGCAAGCGACGCUCCAAGGAUGGCAAGAAGGGCAUGAAGGGAGUCGACCUCAAGUCCGUCCAGCUGCUAGGUUCAGCUUACAAGGAGAAGGUUCAGCCGGACAUGGAGGAGCUCACGGAGAAUGCUGAGGAGCCAGAUGAUGGAGACUCCAAGAAGGAAGAACAGAAGCUAGGAAAACUCCAGUAUAAGCUGGAAUACGACUUCAACAGCAACAGUCUGUCAGUGACUGUGAUCCAGGCAGAAGACCUCCCAGCCCUGGAUAUGGGGGGCACAUCCGAUCCCUACGUCAAGGUUUACCUCCUCCCCGACAAGAAAAAGAAGUUCGAGACCAAAGUCCAUCGGAAAACGCUGAGUCCGGUCUUCAACGAAACUUUCGUUUUCAAGAGCGUGCCGUAUGCCGACGCGAUGAACAAGACUUUAGUGUUCGCGAUCUUCGACUUCGAUCGGUUCUCAAAGCACGAUCAGAUCGGGGAGGUGAAGGUGCCGCUGUGCCAAGUCGACCUGGCGCAGACCAUCGAAGAAUGGCGCGAGCUGCAGAGCGUUGAGGGCGAAGGCGGUCAGGACAACAAGUUGGGAGACAUAUGUUUCUCGUUGCGUUAUGUACCCACGGCUGGGAAGCUUACAGUGGUCAUCCUCGAAGCUAAGAACCUAAAGAAAAUGGACGUCGGUGGCCUAUCAGAUCCGUACGUAAAGAUAGCACUCAUGCAAAAUGGCAAACGUCUGAAGAAGAAGAAAACAAGCAUCAAGAAAUGCACACUGAAUCCCUAUUACAACGAGUCAUUUACUUUUGAAGUACCAUUCGAACAAAUACAGAAAGUGAAUCUAGUGAUAACGGUGGUGGAUUACGAUCGCAUCGGGACGUCGGAGCCAAUCGGCAAGGUGGUGCUAGGAUACAACGCGUCGGGCACAGAGCUGCGUCACUGGUCCGACAUGUUGGCCAGCCCGCGACGACCCAUUGCGCAAUGGCACACGUUGAAGGACCCAGAGGAUGGAGAGAAGAAGGAUUAAGAUGAAGAUAGAGAAGACCUUCGAGAAGAAGAACGAGUGUGAAGACAUCUACUCAUUUAGCAGUUUUGAGUUGAUUCGUGUAAUGAAAAAAAUCAACGCAAGCAGAUUCUCUCGCUUCGUCGAUGUUGACUUUAUAUUUUGUAAGAUUAAUUUACUUAGGUACUCCUCUCGUUUAAUACUAAAUAAAAGCUCAUAUAUAGGAAACUAAUUCAUUCUUCAAUAGUAUCCCAGCUUUUACUAUAACGAGUGAAAAAUAUACUAAAAACGUUUACUGAAAAACCGUUACGAUUUUCGAGAUUUCUAUAAAGAAAUUUUAUGUCGUUGGGCCCUAGUCCCAUAUAAUAAAUAUAAGUUGUUCUGUAUUGUACAGUUUGUUUGCCCUCGAUGAACUAAUACUCGUCUCUUGCUAUCGUUGUGAGGCAGUUGGAGUAGCGCGAUUUUAGAACGUGUUGUGAGGAGAGUAGAUACUAUUGUUAGUUUCCUUUGCAACUUCCACGACUUUCGCGUCUAUUUUACUAUCUUUAUUAUAAAUUAUUUUUGAAAUAGUCGUGUUAAAGGAGUUAUCAGCUUUUUCGAAUUAAGUGUGCUUUGUUACUAUCUCAAAUAUGUACUACAACAUUGUUUAAAUUUGGAAUAAUAUUCUCUUGAAAAAAACCAAUGUAACCAAAAACUAUUACAUAAUGCUAUGUAAAUAAGUUGAAUCCUGUUAAAUUUAUUACAUUCUAUUUUACUAUCAUGUAAGUGUUACGGUGUUAAUACCCUUUUAUUAUAUGACGCUCCUCCCAGGAAGAGACUGCUGGUUAGGUACUUAUUUAGCUUAUGGUUUGUGACAGUAGAUUACUUUUUCAGAGAAAGCUUCUCUUCUUGCGAGGAUCAAUUAGGCCUAUGGUAUGUACCUAAUUUGGAUCAUGACAAAUUUUUACGUAAAGUAUUACUUAAACUCUCCCAUCAUAGAUCAAAAUUUAUUUCGCAGAACCUAACGUUUGCCCACAUACCAUCAUACUCCAUUGUAAGAGAGUGGUUCCCUUAGAAUAAUUUAUUUUUAAUUCGUGAACAAUUUAUAUAUAUACGUGGUGUCAUCGAAACUAGUCAAAUGUGUAAAACUACAAAUAAAAUACAUAAUGUUAUAAUAAAAUAAAAUACUGUUAAAUAAUUUCAAAUCGUUUAUUCGUAUUGGGUCUCUACGAUAAUGAUACAUCGUGAAUAGACUGCCGCUUAGUAGAAAUUAUAUUCAUUUCAAUAUCUUUUCGCGGUUUCUUAAAAUAUUAUCUAUAUACAUAUAUACUUCCCUCAUGAACGAUCUAUCUAUUAUACCUACCUAGCUAAAGCUUGACUGUUGUUGAUCUCAAUCCUAUGUGUUAUUGUGUAUAUAAUGUAAUCACAUGUUAAAUUUCACGAUCACGAUAUGAUAUCUAGGUAUGUAUAGGAGUAAUGGCGUCAGGCUUCAAGUACUUAACAUUAGAAGUGCACCAACACGAAACAAGUAGGUAUAGACUUGUUCAAGUUCGGUAUUUAACAAUAAUAAUAAUUAUGUUAACAUAUGUAUGUAUAAUUAUAGAUUGUACUCAUAGCACAUUGCAACAGAUUCAUUGCCAAUAGACAUUUACAGUCCUUCAUAAUCUAUCACAAUUUAAUAAUCUUCCUUAAUAAUCGCAAUAAUAAUUAGGAAACAUGUGUAAUUGAUUGUGCUAAAUGUUGUGCUGUGAAUCUGUUGGAAUACAUAUAAUUCAACUAAGUACUUUAUAUAUCUCAGGCCGCAACAAUCACGCGGCCGGGCCUCAGUAGUAUUGACAAUAUAGACAUUCCAAAUGCUAUUUAAUGAUAACAUUUUAUAAUAUUAAGACGAAAUGCCACGUAUUAUGUGAAUAAACGCUAGAAUAUACUGUAAGACACGGCACAUGGCAUCUUGUCUGUAUUUGAACAAGUCACUCUAAGUAUCGACUAAAGCGGCACAA